AUGACGAUGAGAAGAGGACUCGAAGCCAAUGAACUGUUGCCUUUCACAGUACAGUUCCUUCGAGGACGAUGGUUUGCACUUUUUGCAUCUUUCCUGUUCAUGGCUGAUGCUGGUGCAACAUAUCUAUUUGGAACCUAUUCCAAAGAGAUCAAAGCUACUCUGGAUUAUGAUCAGACCACACUCAAUCUCUUAGGCUUCUCAAAGGAUAUGGGUGCCAACGUUGGUGUCAUUUCUGGCCUUAUUGCUGAGGUAACUCCCACUUGGUUCGUUCUACUCGGCGCUGCAUUCAACUUUGGAGGCUAUUUCAUGAUUUGGUUAGCCGUGACCGGCAGAAUAGCCAAACCCAAGGUUUGGCAAAUGUGCAUUUACAUAUGUAUAGGGGGCAAUUCCCAGAAUUUUGCAAAUACUGGUGCUCUGGUCACCAGUGUAAAGAACUUCCCUGAAAGCAGGGGUUCAAUGUUGGGUCUGUUGAAGGGCUAUACUGGACUCAGUGGAGCUGUAAUGACACGGAUUUACUUGGCUGUAUACGGAAAUGAUUCCAAAUCUCUCAUCCUUCUUAUCGGAUGGCUUCCUGCUGCAAUUUCAGUCAUCUUUGUGUAUACAAUUCGUACACUGAAGCCUAAACGACCAAUGGAUCCUCCAGGCGAGACAACAGUAGAGAAACCAACUGCUGAAGUGGUUGAAUCAAAGCCAAAACAAGGUGAUGAAAAGGUAGAAAAGUCUUGUUUUUUAACCAUUUUGGAUAAUCCCGAGAGAGGAGCAGACUACACAAUUUUGCAAGCACUGACGAGGGUUGACAUGUUAGUAUUGUUUCUUUCAACAUUCUGUGGACUCGGAUCGAGCUUAACCGCGGUCGAUAACUUGGGGCAAAUCGGUGAGUCACUCGGCUAUCCGAACAAAACAGUCACUUCCUUCGUUUCACUUGUUAGCAUCUGGAAUUUCUUCAGAAGGGUAUUUUCUGUAUUUGUGUCCGAGACACUGAUUGUUAAGUACAAGCUCCCGAGACCAUUGAUGAUGACGAUGGUCCUUGUAUUUGCAUGCAUUGGCUACCUACUGGUUGCAUUUCCAGUCCCGGGAUCACUCUAUGUAGCAUCCAUCAUUAUUGGAUUCUCAUUUGGGGCACAAUGA